CCUCACGAUUUGUGAGUGAUAAACAUCGACAUUGGCUUCCUAGUGCCACCAGUGUCGCCAGAUUUAAUCGCAAAGUUUUUCAAACCUCACAAAAACUGCUUUGGUAUGAUAGACGUCCGUUAGCUCACGAUUUGCUCGCAAGAAUGUCAGUGAUCCGUCUGCUGUUUUUCGUGUCCCUGCCAUAUGUAGUUUCCAAUGACCUGUGCCUGCAUUGUCCAGCAAGCGAAGUUGGAUGUGGCACAAUCGUAGAGUGUGGCCCUCAUGAGGCCUGUUACAAGGAUUCUAUUGUACAACCAAAUGGUAUUAUUGUACACGAGAUGGGAUGCCGAGAUAAAUUGCAAUGUGGUAUGUCCAACUCCUUUCUGGUAGUGGGUCGAGAUGUUGGUAACACCAAUCCAGAACCGAAAAGAACUACCCAUGCAGCAGUUAUGUGUAGCCAGUGUUGUCAUGGAAACCUAUGCAACGACGACUUGUGUGGACAUAAAGUGUUCUUGGACAACGGCGGUCCGAUAUGUUACACAUGUGAAGCUCAACUGAGAGACAAUUCUUGUUCCAAAGUAACCCAAUGCAGUCGGGACCAGUAUUGCCAGUUAAAACCUAAGAUGUUCAGCAGUGACCAGUACGUUUAUGAAACGAAAUGCUCAUCGACAACGAUAUGCGCUGAAGAAGUUACAACUGCCAGAUACUAUUAUGAUGGAUGUAGUGCCAAAUGCUGUAACUUGGACCUGUGUAACGCAGAUAUCGUAGACGAGGGACCUUGUCGGCCACAACUCGCUAGCACACAUGCCCCAGUAGUUACACCUUCCACGCCACAAGCACAACCGUGCGCUUCGUCGCCGUGUGUUUAUGGGAUGUGUUAUGACACUGCAACAGUUUACCUGUGCGUUUGUGACAGAAACUAUACGGGUGUGAACUGCGAUACAGCUAUCACGCCAUGCUCAUCGAAUCCUUGUGUACAUGGGGAUUGUUACGCAGGUCCACGCGAUUACAUUUGCAGUUGCCAAACGGGUUAUCAAGGCAAAAACUGUGACCAGACACCAGCAGUUACACCUAUCACGCCUCAAGUUGCACAACCGUGCGCUUCGUCGCCGUGUGUUCAUGGGAUGUGCUAUGACACUGCAACAAAUUACCUGUGCGAAUGUGACAGAAACUAUACGGGUGUAAACUGCGAUACAGCUAUCACGCCAUGCUCAUCGAAUCCUUGUGUACAUGGGGAUUGUUACGCAGGUCCACGCGAUUACAUCUGCAGUUGCAAAACGGGUUAUCAAGGCAUAAACUGUGACCAGACAACUCUACCAACAACUACAACACCGCAUCCACACUCGACGGGAGUUCAAGCAACGACCACCGCACCGCUCGUGUCAUCGACCACCGCACCGCACGUGUCAACGACCAUCGCACCGCACGUGUCAACGACCACCGCAACGCACGUGUCAAGCGCUUGUCCGGAUGACGCUCUUUUCUGUUGCGAUUUCGAAACCACAUGCAACAUGCAAUCUGUGCAAUCUGGUCAACUUGAUCCUAGAAAAUUGUUGCCCAAUAAUCUUUGGAUUACGAAAACAACCGGGAAUGACCAUACCAUUGGUAGGAACGGACAUUACGCUGAACUUCGCUCUUCCAUUGCCGUUCUUGUCUCCCGUUCUAUUAAUGUGCACGGUGAAUGUUGCGUCCAGUUCGCGUACAAGAUUUGUGCUACACAGCAUGCAGAGUUAACGGUCGGGAUCUAUCAGACAGAGCCAAACGGCCAUUACCAGGAAUGUGAGGUGGGAGGUCACAGACAGACAAUAAUACCUGACAACCAAUGGCACGAGUAUGCGUACACAGUCAAAGGUCAUCUUGAAGGUGACAUCAAGCUAUUUUUCCGCGGACUGGUCAACACCGGAGAAUGCAGUUCCGUCGCUAUUGACGACAUUAAGGUCACCUCCGGCAAAUGCGCAUGCGCAGAACACCACGGUUCUUGCGAGCACCAGGAGGCUCAUUGCGACGACGCCCACCACGGCUCGCACGGCAAAUGAGAGCAACAUGGGAGCCUUGGUCACGUGAUGCUAACAGCGCAUCACGAGACAAAAAUGACAUUACUUAGGAUGCAUAUGUAUCUUCCUUGAAAAAUAAACUACGUAAUAUA